AUGGAAGUACUUAGUACAAACGGCGCUCAUGUAGCCAAUUCAGACAUUGCUAGUCGAACAUCGAUUACACCACAACAAUCGUAUGUCAGCACACCAGCUACUGUUUUGUCCAUCUCACAGAAGUCCAAUAGUAUCAGACAUGAAUCGGGCCUGGACACCCCUCCGUCGGCGCACAAUGGGUACGAAGGAUACCAAUUGAACAAUGAGUACAUGUCGCCUCUCCAAAACGAGCAGAGGAACCACAACAAAGACGGACAUGUCGACCCCGAGCUUGUCGAAGAACACUUGUCGAAUUACAACAACGAUCAUGUUGAUUACACACAAGAUGUAGAUUUUGGAACUACGCAAGAGCAGACAGGGGACACAGCCUUCGGUUCAGAGACAUAUUAUGGGACCGAGAUCACAACGCAACAAGAGGCCUUCGACGAUUUACAGCAAUUUCCCCAUGAGAACAGCUAUCUUUCGCUGGAUGAGCAAUAUGUGCCGGCAGAAGUGCCUACCACAGUUGGAAAGAGGGCAGACACAGCUUUCGCCUAUGACCUCUUCAGCCUUCCAGGAUCUGGUCAUGGCUAUGGUCUCAGAACCUACCAAGAAGGCAACGACUAUCUGGUUCAGUCCCAACAAGGCGUUUACGGAAAUAUGCAGCCAACGCCAGGGUCAGCAUAUGGUAGCGCUUACGACAAUGUUGACUUCAAUCGGCCGUCAGCAUAUCCAAACAUGUUCGCCGGCCACGGAAUGCAUCUGGGUACCCUUCCAUCGAAUAUCUCUCCUGUUGCAGACGGUUCUCCAGCUCGUCAGAAUGGUAGCAAUCGAGCGCGGGCCCGCAACAACGACGAUAUGGAUUCCAAACUUCUCCAGUGGCGUGGUGAAGGCAAGAGCUACAGAGAGAUACGGGAUCUGGGUAACUGGGGCUUGGAGGAAUCGACUCUGCGAGGUCGUUACCGCACCCUGAUCAAGUCGAAAGAGCAGAGACUGAGGAAACCCAACUGGCCUGAUACAGCGAUCAGUGCCAUGUUCGAAGCAGUCGAACUUUUCGUCCCCGCCUCAGCGACCAAGCUGAAUGGUAAGGAGGCCGCAGCCAAGAUUCCGUGGAAGAAAGUGGCCGAAUGGAUGAGAGAUAACCGAGGAUGUUAUCUGUAUGGCAACGCAACUGUAAAGAAGAAGUAUGUCGAAGAAACGGCGAAGCGGAAGCAAGUACGGCGACGGACCAUGGUGUAA